UCAGCAGAAGACUGUCUGGCUCAGUGCGAUAAUGACUGCAAAGCUUACUGCUGCGACGGGACUGCUCCCUACUGCUGCUCCUAUUAUGCCUACAUUGGGAAUGUCCUUUCAGGCACAGCAAUAGCUGGAAUUGUUUUCGGGAUAGUGUUUAUAAUGGGAGUGAUUGCUGGGAUUGCCAUCUGUAUCUGCAUGUGCAUGAAGAACAACCGCGGGACUCGAGUCGGGGUCAUCCGGACGACACACAUCAAUGCCAUCAGCACAUACCCAGUGGCACCGCCACCGUACAGCUACGAGUACGAGAUGGAGUACCCCGCAGACCUACCUCCUCCAUACACUCCAACCCCACAGGCAUCGAUGCAGUACCUGCCACCUCCUCCCUACCCUGGCUACUCAGGGAAAUAACGGAGCGGAGCCACAUGGACCUUGAUUGCCAGUUGAAGCAGCCAGCACCGUGGGAUGGGAGUUUUCACUCAGGGACAAAUGGAUGAGAGCUA